AAAGCAUUACUAUAACACUGGUUGAGAAAGUGCAGAUGGUUGCUGUAAUCCUAGGAUCUCUGUUCUUAGUAGCAAGUGUGACUUGGCUUCUAUGGUCAGCCUUCAGCCCUUAUGCAGUAUGGCAAAGAAAGGACAUCCUUUUUCAAAUCUGCUAUGGAAUGUAUGGUUUUAUGGAUCUAGUAUGCAUAGGACUAAUAGUACAUGAAGGUGCCUCUGUUUAUCGCGUGUUUAAGCGCUGGAGGGCUGUGAAUCUCCACUGGGACGUGUUAAAUUACGAUAAAGCCACAGACAUAGAAGAGAGCAAUCGAGGAGACUCCUCGGCAGGAAGGACAUUGUGGUUACCACUGGCUGCGUUCCGAAACAGAAGUUUAGUCCACCCGACCCAGUUAACCUCACCCAGGUUUCAGUGUGGCUACGUAUUGUUACAGCUGUUCAGCCGCGUGAGACCUCAGGAAGGCUCAGCAGAGGACAACGGCUCCGGGGAAGUCGUGAUGAGAGUGACCUCUGUGUAAAGGCGACGCUCACUGCGCUGCACAGAUCAG